AGGUGAAAACAAACCCCCCCAAAGUUCUGCUAAAAUUUUGGGUUCAAAAAAUUAGGGUUUUUGGUUGAAAAAGGGGGGCAGUCAUGAAUCCAUUAACGUUAGUCAAGCGAUUGCAAAACAUUAAUGCGAAAGAAGCAGACUUAGGAAUAUCGGAGGAAGCAUCAUGGCACGCCAAGUACAAAGAUUCCGCUUACAUCUUUGUCGGUGGCCUUCCGUAUGACCUCACCGAAGGUGAUCUCCUCGCUGUUUUUGCCCAAUAUGGAGAAAUUGUAGACGUUAAUCUUGUUAGAGAUAAGGGUACUGGGAAAUCAAAAGGCUUCGCUUUUCUUGCUUAUGAGGACCAGAGAAGUACAAUUCUUGCUGUAGAUAAUCUUAACGGAGCACAGAUUUUGGGUCGAAUUAUAAGGGUUGAUCAUGCCGAAAAGUAUAAGAAGAAAGAAGAAGAAGAAGAUGAAGAGGAAGAACAGAAAAAAAAGGAGGCCCGGGGGGUUUGUUAUGCUUUCCAGAGAGGUGAAUGUACUCGCGGCGCUGGAUGUAAAUUUUCCCACAAUGAGCAAAGAGCUGCCAAUACUGGUUGGGGUCCUCAGGAUAAUAAAAGUUCAAGAUGGGGAAAUGACAAAUACGAGGGUUCAAAAAAGAGUGACAAAAGUUCCAGCAUGCAGGAGCAUACAGUAGAGAAAAGAGAUGGGAGAGAAGGAAAGAGGUCUAGAAGGUACGAUGGUAAAGAUGCUGGACCAGCAUCUAGAGAAGAUUGUAGUGGUAUUGAAGGAAAGAGAUUAACAAGGCAUAAUGAUGAUGAUCGGUAUAAAAGGGAAGAAAAAAGAUCUAGAUGGCACAAUGAUAGCGAUCUCGAGCCAAGGUCAGUAGAAGAUCGUCAUAGGAGAGAUGAAAAUAGAUCAAGAAGGCAUGGUGACGAUGGAGAAGACAGGGCUAGGUUCAAAGAAGAUAGGAAGGAUGAAAGUAGAUCAAAAAGGCAUGGUGAUGAUGAGUUUGAUCCAAGGCCUAACGGAGACCAUGAUAGGAGAGGAGAAAAACGAAUCUUAAGGAAUGAAUCAGAAUCUCAUCCAAGAGAAGAGCGUGAUAAGAGAGGUGGGGAGAGACGGACAGGCUAUAACAGGGAUUCAUCCUCCCAUCGACAUGGGGAGAGAAAUAAAAACUUUUAGAAAAGCCAAGCUUUGCUUAAUUUGCCUGGAUUUAUCCUAAGCUUUGUUACAAAUAUCAGUAUUUAACUUAAAUAGUUCAUGGGCGAUAAACAAUUGUUGUUAUUUUGAGGUAAUUUCUUGUUUAACCGAUGAUUAAAUUUGACGAAGUUCAAGAGCGGUUUUUACAUUCA